CGUCAAAUUUAAUGUCAAAUAAACAAUCUGUCGAGAUUUUGUAAUAUCGAUUUUUAUCGGCUUCAUUGCACAUAGACGUGUAUGUUUUUUGAUAUUUUCCAUUAAAAUACUAUUUGUACACAAUGGUUAUUAACGAAGAUGUGAUUUUGAUGCUCAUACUCCUGUUUUGUGGAGCGGAGUACCUGUGGGAGCUGUAUCUCUCAUUGCGGCAGCUCAAGAUAUACAAGACUAACAAAACCAUUCCUGAUGAUCUACAAGAAAUGCUGAAUGAGGAAUCCUUCAAAAAGGCCCGUCUGUAUGGUAUUGACAAAUCAAAGUUCAAAAUAGCCAAAGAGUUUUACAGUAUAGUCAUAACAUCUGUGAUUCUAUGGAACCGAUGGAUCUAUGAUGCUUGGGUUAAAUCCGAGCAGAUUGGAGAGUUGUUCAAUAUCUCUCCAGACAGAGAAAUAGCUGUAAGUUGCAUUUUUGUGACAUUUGUUACAUUAUUUAGCUUCAUAGUGAAUAUGCCAUUUACUAUUUAUGGAGUAUUUGUUCUGGAAGAGAAGCAUGGCUUCAACAAACAGACUGUGUCAUUUUUUGUAAAAGAUCAACUGAAAUCAUUACUGCUGAGCCUUGUAAUUACAUUGCCAAUAAUUUCUAUAGCAAUUUACAUAAUCAUGCUGGGUGGAAACAUGUUUAUUGUGUGGCUGUGGUUGUUCUGCACUGUGGCAACCCUGAUCUUACUUGCUCUAUACCCCACCGUGAUAGCACCACUGUUUGACAAGUUUGUUCCUCUACCAGAGGGUGAUCUUAGAACAGGCAUUGAAAAUCUAGCAACAAAACUAAACUUCCCUCUCUCUCAAGUCUACAUUGUCGAAGGGUCAAAACGAUCUGCUCACAGUAAUGCAUAUUUCAGUGGUCUAUUUGGUGCUAAAAGAAUUGUGCUGUUUGAUACACUGAUUGAAAAGUUUGAUGAGGAGAAGAAAAUUACGACUGGUUGCAAAAAUGAUGAGAUUUUAGGAAUAUUGGCUCAUGAACUUGGACAUUGGAGCUGCAGCCACAUUUACAAGUCAAUUGCCCUGACUGAAAUAAAUCUGCUUCUACUUUUCACAGCUUUUGCGCUGCUCUUCAAGUACCCCAUGCUGUAUGCAACCCUUGGCUUCCCUGCUGGUCAGGAACCUAUCAUAAUUGGCCUAAUUGUUGUCUUGCAACUGAUUCUAGCCCCUUACAACUCGAUUUUGUCAUUCUUUACCACAGUAUUGUCCCGAAAAUUCGAGUUUGAAGCAGACAACUUUGCAAUUUCAUUGAACUAUCCAAAUGAAUUGAAAUCGGCUCUAAUUAAAUUAGGUAAAGAUAAUUUAGAUUAUCCAAUUUAUGAUAAACUGUACUCUGCUUGGUACCACUCUCAUCCGUCUCUGCUCCACCGGAUUGAAAACAUUAAAGAACAGGUGUCACGUGUCAAGCGAGAUUAAGACGAGUAGGGUGAUGAUGAUAUUGCAUUUGUAACAGUACAACCAACCAUUUUAUAAGAGUUUAGAUAUAACAUUUUGAACCAGUACUAGUCUAGUAUCACAUGAUUUAAUACUAUACAUUCUAUACUGCAUUUCUAAAAUAUGACUGGAUCAUAGACUGUUUUGGAUAAGAUAAGGUGUAAGUAAAUAUAAGUCAUAGGGCUGCCCUGGUACUGUUGUUUUGUUACAAUUAUAAUAUAAUUAUUAUAAUUUGAUAAAUAUGUCAAUUUUGUAAUCAGUAACUCAACCACAGUACCAACAAAUAGAGGCCCAAUCUAUAUUUCUUAUGCAGUUUAUCUCAAAUCAACACUGUAGUGCAACCUUAUGACUAAAAGAAAUAGAGAAAUGGAGAAUAUCAGUUUCAGAGUGUAGAAGUUCAUGCAAAGACGUAAUUAAAGAUUAUAUUUUCAAUUCUUAAUGAAACUUUCAGGACAAGUUGUCUGAAUGAUAUAUCAUUUAUCAAUAUCUGAUUAUAAUCAGAAGGUAAUAUUUAAAAAGUGUUUAUGCAUAGCAUACACCAGAAAAAACGUAUUUUUGUAAAUCUCAUGCUGUUCUGCCAGUAAGGAAAAUAACAUUUUAUUUAUUCAUAUUCUCUAAGGCGAUUUUCAUACGACGUGAAUUUUUCACGUGUUAAACAUCGGUGGAUUGUUACAUACAAAGUCAAUGCGACCUUGCCGACCUCUUCACCGUCAACUGGCUCGUCGGUGCGCGGUGUCGUGUGUAUGAGAAUCGCCUUAUCGGUCUGCUCAUCGCUGUUUCCGAGCCACACGCUCUCCUUCUAGAUUUAUUUUUAGUCUAAGAGUGCAACAUGUUUACAGUGCACUACUUUUUUAUAAGACUACGCAAGUAGUCAUAUAUUAAUAAUUCAAUAUAGGUAAUAUUCUGAAUGUUGUGAAUGCAUGCCCAAGUGUAUUAUAACAUUUUAGAUGUUCAGUGUAUAAGCAUAUAACUACGUAAUCGCAUAAUCAAUUUUUGUGGUCCUCAUUAUUGUUGUUAGUAGUAAUAAAAGCCAAUGACGUAGGUAACAUUAAUGUAAUAACUCUAAACCUGCAAUGUGAAUAAUAUGGCUAAUACACCUACAAUACGCAUUAGUCUUACAAAAGUUGUCCAGAAUAAACAGUGUCAUAUACAUCAA